CCCUUUGGUGAUCCAGUAGACUUGUAGUGUAUAUCAGAUAACCAUUUUGCCACUUGAACCUGUCGAGACAUGUUUGACAAGAGGUCUAGAACCCAUCUUAUCAAGUUGCUGUUUAAUGUGAACUUCUUUAAGAGUUUCUGUGCUGACAAGAGCGGUUAUAUUGUAUUGAAAGCAGAGGUAAAAUCAACAAAUACAAUUCUUGGGUCUUUGCUUGAUCAAGAUGCUGAUAGACUGUGUUCUACAAUAUGAGUAUUGAUGCACAUUAAGAACUUAACAUCUGGAAUAUACUUCAAUUUACUCACUGGUCUCACUUGCAUUUUCUGUCUUUCACUGUCCAGGAUGUUUGAGGGCAGGAGACCUACACUGGCUAUCAUGGAUACUGCAAUGAUCAAAACAGUUAAGAAUCGAGUGGAUUUCUUGCAACUGAUGAUGGAUUCACAAAUUCCUGAGAAGUACUCAAGCACAGAUGGACAAAAGGAAGGUGUCAAAGGUUCAUGGGGGAACCAGAGCCCAUUCUGGCAAGCAACGGUGACAAGACAGGGAACACCCUGGAUGGAGCACCAGUCUGUCACAGGGCAUACACAGACACAAACACACUCACAUCAGGGCCAGUCUAACCAUGAGAUUCUGUCUCAGUCCCUGAUUUUUGUUUUUGGUGGUUAUGAGACUACGAUCUCCUUCUUAGCGUACAAUCUUGCUACCAACCGUGAUGUCCAGAAGAAACUGCAAAAGGAGGUUGAUGAAGUCUUCCCAAACAAGGCUCCUGUGACAUAUGAAGCACUCAUGAAGAUGGAAUACCUGGACAUGAUCAUCAUCGAGUCUCUCAGGCUAUUUCCUCCUGCGCCUUGUCUUGAGAGGAUGUGUAAGAAGACUGUUGAGAUUAAUGGGGUGACCAUCCCAGAGGGAACCCUUGUUAUGGUACCAGUGUAUGCUCUGCACCAUGACCCGCAACACUGGACAGAACCUGAAGCCUUCAAGCCUGAAAGAUUUAGCAAAGCCAACAAGGAUAGCAUGGCUCCCUAUGCUUACUUGCCAUUUGGAACUAGACCUCGCAAUUGCAUUGGAAUGAGGUUUGCCCUAAUGGUUAUAAAACUGGCUGUUGUGCAGCUGCUUCAAAGGUCACAGGGGAGCUGGAGCCUAUCCUGCAAGCAAUUUGCACAAGGCAGGGUACACCCGAGAUAUGACACAUAGACAUGCAUGCACUCACACCUACAGUAUGGUCCAUUUUUCCAAGUAGCCCAUUAAGCUAACAGUAUGUUUUUGGAAUGUGGGAGGAAUCUGGACAACCUGGAGAAAACCCACGCAAAAACACAAAAACUACACACAGAUAGCAUUUCAUGUCUGCGAUUGAACCCAGGAUCCAGUGCUGCAAGACAGCAAGGCUAACUACUGUAGUGCCCUAUUCUGUUCAUAUUUGUUUUAAUCUAAUUACAUUCUUCAGAUGUUAAUGUCUGGCAAAUCACUUUUUAAUGGCCUUGCAGUCUGUGUAGUAGCUGUGCCUUUUCAGUACUUGGCUCUACAGGAUUCUGGUACUGUACAUUUGCUUGUCAUUUUCCAUCCCAAUAGUAGUUAGCUGGCUGCAUAAGAGUGCCAUGGUGGUCAGUAAUUAUUGAGAUUU